AUCCCAAGGCAUGGUGUCCCUAGCUGCAGCCGUACCUGGUCUGUGGUCUAUAGAGGGCGGUAACAAGCUCGUGCCUGAACAGCUGUUUCAUAGACUGGUACAACGCUUAUGCAGUCUCGGGCAGUCCGUUGAAUGUGUCGCCAGUGAGAAUGCUGGAAGGCCCGCCUUCAGAGUCACAUGGAACGAGGUUGUCAAAGGUCUCAAGAGUGAGGUCUUUGACAUAGUCAUGAUGGCUUCACCCAUAGAGGACAAUCUCUCAGGUAUCGACUUCAUAGGCUUCGAUCAUCCAAUCACCACCAACUUCACAGGCGACUACCGCCACACGGUUGCCACUCUCAUCGAGGGGCGUCCACGAGCAUCCACCUUCGGAGUCUCGUCCGCGGUUGAGCUCCCAGGACAGGUCAUCACCAACAUGGAAGUGCCUCUGAACUUCAGAACUCUCGCCAAGAACUUCCCCGUGGACUAUAACCCUGUCAUGUUCAACGCAUCCAGGCAACUCUACAAGGUGUUCUCAAUCGGUGUCUUGAACGAUACGCAGAUGGAGGCAUUGUUCGAGUCGUAUUCCGAAGCGACGCACCGCGAUUGGUUGGCGUAUCCCUAUUACCACCAGCGUAAGGCUUUCCCUGGGUUUGUUUUGGCGGAAGGCUUGUUUUACCACAAUGCCAUCGAGUGGGCUGCUAGUGCCAUGGAAAUGGCUGUCAUAGGGAGUAGAAACAGUGCCAUCUUGGCCUACCAGUACUGGAGUGGGGAAUCCCCUGAAAUGAAAGUGGGAGCAUCUAAAGUCAGGCAAGAACUAUGAAUGUACCAUUAUCUUGGCCAGGAUUUAAUUCUGUACGGGAUUAAGUCAGUGUUUUUUACUAAGCAUUUGACUUGGUUAAGUAAUGUGACUCUUAAAGGUAUAGACCAGUUCU